AUGUAUAAGCAUAUCUCAAAGCCAGUAUCUCAUAUGCAAGAGCAUUAUGAUGUCGUGGUAAUCGGGUCUGGCUAUGGAGGUGCAAUAGCGGCGUCACGGAUGGCUCGCGCCAAUAAACGUGUUGCUUUGUUGGAAAAAGGGAAGGAAAGAUGGCCAGGAGAAUAUCCAGAGACACUAGCAGAAUGUCUAAAAGAUGUACAAAUACAUUCAAAAAUAGGCCAUACAGGUAAAAAGACUGGCAUGUAUCAAUUCUAUCUUGGGGAAGAUCAAAAAGCAUGUGUCGCUUGCGGUCUUGGUGGUACAUCGCUCAUAAAUGCAAAUGUUGCACUCGAGGCAGACGAGCUAACCUGGCGACAAAAAAAUGUUUGGCCUGCCGAAAUUUAUAAAGAUUACGAUAACGGAAAAAUUAAAGAAGCUUACAAUCGAGCCGGGCAGAUGCUCGAACCAAAUGUUUAUCCAUCUCACUGGCCUGAACUUCCCAAGCUCAAAGUCUUUGAAGAGCAAGCGCGCCUGAUGGGUUCGGAAUUUACCAAAAACUUCCAUCGUGCGCCAAUCACCGUUCAUUUUGAGAAUCGUAUAAAUAAUGCUGGUGUGCGACAACAACAAUCUACGCUUAGUGGAAAUGACGCUACUGGAAUUAACGAUGGAAGUAAGAACAGUACAUUGAUGAAUUAUAUACCUGAUGCAUGGAAUCAUGGUGCAGAGAUUUUUUGCGAAGUUCAAGUGAAGAAAAUUAAAAAGAACGAGAAAACUGGUUUGUGGGUCGUGUAUUAUGAAUGGCUAGGGGAUGAAAGACCGCAUUUUGGGGAUAAAAAUUCCCAAUCACUCAUGUUUGUUACUGCCGAAAUUGUAUUUGUUGCUGCUGGUACUUUUGGUACUAACGAAAUAAUGCUGAGAUCAAAAACACACGGAUUAUCCAUAAGCAAUGAAUUAGGAAAAGGCUUUAGUGGUAAUGGUGACAUUCUCGGAUUUGCUUAUGACUGCGAUCGCUUUGUAAAUGGUAAUUUACUUUUCCCUGCAUGCGGUAUUGGUACGAGUAGUCACGGUGGUAAAACUGCUCCCGUCGGACCAUGCAUCACUGGCAUCAUUGAUAUGCGCAAGAAAGACGAUAAUGCCUUUGAUGGCUAUGUAAUCGAAGAAGGCUCCUGCCCGAGAGCUCUCGCACAGAUCUUCUCGGGUCAUUUGAAAAUAGCCUGUAAAACCAUCGGGGAUUCAACAAAUCUGUCGAUUUUACAAAAAUUCCGUCACUCAUUGAGGGAUUUUAUUCCUGGAUAUCAUUACAGAGCGUUAAGUCGUACCCAAUCAUUCUUAGUAAUGUCACAUGACGACCAGCAAGGCAAAUUAGAACUCCAAGAUGAUCGUCUCAAUAUUGCAUUUCCUGAUGUUGGCAAGACAGUUCAAGUCGAACGUCUCAACAAAAUACUUUCAGAUGCGUCUCACACCAUCGGUGGCACAUAUGUACCCUCGCCUGUAUGGACUGGCCUAUUCCGGAGAUCGCUUGUUACUGUGCACCCAAUCGGAGGCUGUGUUAUGGCCGAUAAUUCGACUGAAGGAGUUGUUAACUAUAAAGGGCAAGUGUUUAAAGGUGACGCUGAAUUCGGCACUGAAGUGCACGAUGGUCUGUAUGUCUGUGACGCGUCAGUCAUUCCUAGUUCUCUUGGGGUGAAUCCGUUUUACACCAUUGCAGCUUUUAGCGAGCUUAUCUGCGAACGCGCUGCUGAAGAUAGGGGUUGGCGUAUUAACUAUGAGUUGCCCAAGCAACCGAUCGAUUUUGACAACCCAUUAGUGAUGAAUCCAUGUAAUAAGACUAUAAAAAAAUCAACUGUCAAUGCAGAUGGAGGUCUGAGGUUUACAGAAGUUAUGCAAGGCUAUUUUUCUACUGAGAUUGUUGAUCCUGAUGCAUUUAUUACUGCCGAGGACCAAGCCCGGUCAUCCGAAUCUAGAAUGCAAUUCCUUCUGACCAUCAUUGCAUACGAUUACAACACUUUACACAACAUUGAUAACGAGGCGGCUGAUAUCGUAGGAACGAUUUCAUGUCGUGCUCUGUCUCCGGAUCCUCUAAUGGUGACUAGUGGCAAAUUCCGUAUUCACGUUGAUGACAACAAUUACGUUGACAGCGCUCGAAUGAUGUACAGCAUGGAUCUAGUAGAUACAGACGGGAAGCGAUACAAAUUUGAAGGGUUUAAAUUUGUAAAGAAUUCCAAUAUAUGUAACGCUUGGAAACAGACAUCAACUUUGUAUGUCACCGUGAAGACAUUUAAAGAACCGAGGAAAAUUGUUGGGUUGGGGGUUCUGAGAAUCGGAGUAUGCAAUUUCCUCGAUCAACUGACUACGCUAAAGGCUACCGGCGAGACAAAUUCAUCAAAACUGGUGACUUAUUUUACAUUUGUGAAGUACUUCCUCACGCACUUUUUAGACCACUAUAUCCCCGCAUUUCUUCCACUCGAAUAUCCUGGAGACCGUAUUCCGGUAUACAACACCGUGAAACCAUAUUCAUUGCAGGAUAGAAUUGAGGAAUCCUAUACAUUCACGGCAAAAGAUGGAGUAGUCGGUAAACUACGUAGAUAUAGACUGCAUGGUCGUAAUUGGAAAGCACCUGUUCUUCUGGUUCAUGGAGCGGCCAUGACACAUGAGAUGUGGACUACUGAUCUCCAGAAAAGCAAUUUGUGCGAUUACUUGCUCGAGAACGACUAUGAUGUAUGGUUGAUAGACUAUCGAUUGUCACCAACCAUCGGGGCUUCUCAAGAGCAACAUACGUUAGAUGACUUGGCUUUAGACAUUGCUGCGGGCGUGAACAAAGUUCGAGAGGUGUGUAAAGUGGAUAAUAUUGGAGUUAUUAGUCAUUGUUUAGGAUCAAUGGCUACGUUUAUGGGAUUGCUGACUGGCGAAAUCGAGGGUGUGGGAACAUUCAUUGCCUCACAAGUGGGGAUGCAUCCAAUUCCUAGUCUUUUCAACAGAAUUAAAAAUGCUACCGGAUUACUCUCCGUCUUCCGGGGUUUAUUAGGACAAAAAUUCUUCGACGUGCGAACGUCGCGUGAUACCAACAUAUUGAACAGAUUCUUGGAUUUCGUUUUCCGUUUUCUCCCAUUUGGGAGGGGACAAUAUUGUCGUAGCGCGUUAUGUCAUCGAGCUACAUUUUGCUAUGGCCCGUUGUACAGGCAUGAAAAUCUCAAUGAACAUAUUCAUGAUGAUCAACAUGUAUUCUUCGGAACUGUUAACAUCACAACCAUGGCACACGCGUCAUUGGUGCUCAAGAAAGAGAAACUCGUGAAAGCAAACGGGGAAGACAUUUACGUUACCGAGAAGAAUAUUAAAGAUAAACUCAAUUUUCCCAUUGCGUUUAUUUAUGGAGAGAAGAAUGCAGUAUUUGACACCGAAUCAACCAAACGAUCGUAUGAUCUCUUGAUACAUGUCAAUGGGAUAGACUUGUAUGAUAGAAAAGAAGUAAAGGGUCAUGGCCAUCUUGAUGUUUGGUGGUCUAACAAAUCAAAGGACGCAUUUGAAUGGGUGAAGAACAGGCUUGAAGAUACGGCCGCACACUUUUACUAUCCAUCGCAACAAGUACCCAAAGUACCCAAGACGCGCGCGAACGGAUCUUUAAGAUCACGAAGAAUAAAUUAG